CUCGUAGUCAUUGUCAGGCAGCGAGUAAGAGAGAGCGAGGGAGUUGCACCCAGGCAGACCGACUGAAGAGAGCGUGUGUGCAAACUGGGAUGAGUGCUGGGAGACUUAGCUGGUGAUACAGCCAGAGAGACAGAGAGAGAGAGAGAGAAAGAGAGAGAGUGAGUGUGUGUGCACGAAAGCGAGCGAGCGAGAGAGAGUGAGAGAGAGAGAGAGAGAGAGAGGGUGAGAGAGAAGAAGUGAAAGGAAGAAAGAAGCAGAGAAGAAAAAGGGAGGAUACUACAACUACAACUAUGCUGUGCUGCAUAAGAAGAACCAAACCGGUGGAGAAGAAUGAGGAGGCAGACCAGAAGAUUGAACAGGAUGGCACCCCCAACAAACCCGAGGACAAGGCCCACAAGGCUGCGACCAAAAUACAGGCCAGCUUCCGUGGACACAUAACUCGGAAAAAGAUGAAAGAUGGAGAGGAAGAGAAGGACGGAGACAGUCCUGCUGCUGCAGAGGAGGCGACAGAGGGAGGAGAGGAGGCCAAGAAAGCAGAGGGAGAGGAGGCACCUGCUAAGCAGGAGGAGGCUGCAGGAGAAGAGGCCAAGAAGGAGGAGGAGUCAAGCCAAGCCAAAAGCCCGGUGGCAGACAAGCCAGCUAACUCUCCUGCGGUCGCAGCGACGUCUCCUGUAGCGGCAGCCCCGGCUGCUGCCUCUCCCACGGCCAACACGGCGCCCUCUGAACCCCAGAAAGAGGAGCCUAAGGCGGAGGAGAAAGUCGAGGAGAAGCCCAAAGAGGUGGAGGCUCCAGCGGCUGCCGCCAAGAGUCCCACCACAGCCACAGCUGGGGAGAAGGAGGAGGAGAAGAGUGAGGAGAAAAAAGAGGAGGCCAGACAAGCCGAUGUGCCUGCUGCUGUCAGUCCGACAGCUGAGAAGGAGGAGCCUAACCAAACAAAAGAUAAAGAUGCUGCUGAGGAGUCUAAAGCAGAGGAGGCCACCCCGGCAGACGCAGCAGCUGAAGCCACUGAGUCCAAGGACGACUAAUGCAAAGUCUUACCUAAUGAAAGCAGAAUUAAGAGUAUGAAGAAUAACACAAAAACAAAAAUCUAAAAAGGUUGCUCUUUGCCUUCCCAAUGUGAAGGCAGUCCGUUUCUAUUUGUUUGUCAUUUUUUGUGUGGCAAGGAUUUUCUCAUGUUGGGGGAGUUUCCAGCGUGAAGUUUUUUGGCUCAAGCUAAUACGAUGAGGAAGUGAUGAUGGUGUUGAUGAUUAUGAAAAAGCGAUUGUUACCUUGACGGGGGGAGGAUGGUGACGACCGUGGUUGUGAUGAUGCUGAGGUGGAAGAUUUGAUUUGUUACGUUUUCACUGUUUAAUGUAAGCGAAAACAACGGCGCAAUGACAGCUCCCAACUGGAUAUUUACACAUUUAAGCUGCAUUGCCAAUGCACCAGACUUUCCCUGCAUUGUAAUGCACCUCCUUUUAACACUUUGCAAAUGAAAUCCGUUCUGCAAAUGCGCACGCACAAAAACAAGCAGGCUUUAAAAGGCAACUCUAGUUUUCAACACGGUAACAAGCGUAUUGAGAACACAUCAAAUGGGUAAUGUACUGACACAUCGGCUGGAUAAUAGAAUGUAUAAUUAAAUGUGUGACAUUUCCAGUUGGGCAGUUUUAUCCUGAAUCCAAAAACAUGUAUGAUAAUACUAUUACUCUCUCUAUUCUGCUUGAGUCAAUCAAGCUUGGUUUACACCCCUUUUACAAACUCUGUUUACUCACAUUUACAGUAAAGGACCUAUUCCCAUUUAGAUGACAUGAUCCUGUAAUAAACUAUAGAAAUCAACUAUGGUAUUGAUGUAACUGGCUUUUACAGAUAACAAUUUGUUUUCCGCCAACCAGACGUUUGAGAACAGUAGCAUGAACCAUCGAACCAGAUGCAUGAUGGGAACUCUCCCUCUGAGAGGAACUUUUUUCGCAGUCACAAAAACUUAAGAGGUGUGGCGGCUUCUUUUUGAUGUCUUUGGUGUUGUUAUGACAGUUUAUAUGAAUUGGAUUCAAAUACUCUUGCACUGAUGUUACAAAAAAAAAUGAAAGUUAAAAAAAAAAUCAAGCAAACGGGCAAACGACGAAAAAUACUUUUCCUAUGUUCCAGUGAGUGCAAUGUCCAGUUUCAACCUUAUCGAGGAGUUCAAACUUGUGAGAAAAAAAAUAUGAAAAAAUAAAAAUGGUUUCAAUGUCUGUUUUCAAAAUAAAGCAAAUGUGCCAAUUACCAUCAUAAA